UGCCCGGAUCAUACCUUUGCACAUGUUGUAUAAUAGACAACGAUCAUCCUCUUUUUCAAGGAGAAGACUUUUUCUAAAAGCAUAUUAGAAUCUCCCCUUCUUUUCCUUACUUUAUUUUUUAAUUUUCUCGUUUACAUUACUUGCUCUGCUUUUUGUUUGAAACAACUGCAUUUCUGAGGAUUGCUGCUCUCUAUUUCACUAUAUCAAACCAUUCGUUACUAGGAAAGAAGGUUUAUAACUUCACGGAAAAAAAAGAACUAACUGAUCGAGUAAACUGUGAUCUCUAACAACAGCGCCUCGUCAAAAAAACAAUGACAGUAAUAACAACCGGUCCAGUAUCCAGCACCAGUAUGGCUACUCCCGUAUAUGUUCCUGAAAAGGAAAUCGAGGAACUCAUUAAUAUGCACAGCUCACUAUCAAAGACGGAUAUUCAACAGCGCUACAGAUCAAUUACGAGCCAACUCACAAAGUCUCUUGAAUCGAUCCAUUUGGCAUUAUUUCAGAUAGAACAAGAUGUAAAAGAUCAAUUUACAGUCUCAUUAUCUGAGCUUCCCGUAUCUGAUGCUCAGCUCAUUCAGUUAGAGGAAAGCUUGAACCAACAAAUCAUUCCUUCCGUAAAUACAACACUAUCAGUUAAUGACAACAUAUUAUCCACCUUGCCAGACGAUAAUAGUAACUAUGCGUUCAUCGCCUCGAAACUUGGAUCAGAUAUAUCAAGUUUGCAAUCGUACAUAGCUUGUAUUAGACAGCUUAUUCUUCACCAAAGCGUGACAUUAUCAUUGCACAAAGACGUAGAAGACCUUUUUAUCCAAAUGGAAGCCAUAUCGAACUUAAUGUUCGACUAUCAAGAAAAAAGAACUAGAUCGUUCUCAACAGCAUUAGCGCCUGUCAUUCCUACUGCUGCCGUUUCAAGUUCUUUAUCAUCCAUCUGCACAUCAUCUAUUUCUGCCGCAUCGUUCUAUCAAAGUAGUAUCAGUAGUUCCUCCUACCAUGGAACUCCUACUACCUCUGUUACGCCUCCACUCCCAAACCAUAUCCUUUUUGACGAAGAAACUGGAAAUGUGACUCAAAAGUUGAUAUCCGCCGAUGAUGACAAUAGCAUUAAUAAAGAAGUGGAUGGUAUUGACGAUCAACAGGAGUUAGUCGUAACAAAGAUCGAUUCCCUAUUUACAUCUAUGGCACAAUCUGUAGAAAGUGUACACCAUCGAUUCACUUUACAUCAACGGCAGGAGAAGCAGCAGCAACAGCAACAACAGCAUACGAAUCAUGCAAAGGCAACGAUAUCAAGUUCGGCAACAAUGAAUUUACUAGAGCGCAAGUAUGAAAAGUUAAAGGUAAAGUGGGAUGACAUCCAAGGCGAAAGAGAAGAUUUAAGAGCAACUUAUAAGGAGGAGCGUUGGUUGAAUAUCUUUCGACGAGUGACUGAUCAAGUGGACGUCAUGAUGGACGGCCUGAAUAAGUCCGCUGUUCAAUGUUAUUCUUUCAUUCAGCACGUCAGGGACUGGCAGGAAACCGUUCUACCGCCCACGCCUACAUCAUCAACAUUCGAAUCGAAUCAUAGCAAAUAUGGAAAAGCACAUAACUCACCAAUAACCAUGCCGGUUGAAUAUCAAAGGGUCGAUAUAGAAAAAUUCAAAUCUCUAGUGAAGAGUUUUGAAGCUAAAGUGAAGUACUAUACUCCCAGUAUAGAUCGUAUGUUAUCGAUGUUGCAUGACGGGAUAAAUGCUAGGACAACCACAACAUCAUCUUGCCAACAUCGGGCCAUAAUAUCAAAACACGAAUCCAUGCUUCAGAGAUGGCAGAAUAUCAGAAAUGUAAUGGACGACUUACGGCAUAGAGAUAUACCUGAAAUGGAACGUGUGCUUUUCUCAGCUGUAGGCGCUACUACCUCCAAUUCCUCCGUGGGUUCUGCAGACCAGUAUAUCCCACCGAUACCACCAGCAACACCAACUUCAAUAAUAACCAAGGGUGGUAGCAAUGCUAGGAAUUGGAAAAGUAUACGCUAUCGUACACCAACUGAACCUUUAUUUUACCUUAAAGAUAAUACUAGUAGUAGCCAUAUGGCGAGAAGCGGAACACCGAGAAGCGCCACACCCAAUAGCUCAAUUUUUGACAGAUUAUCCCCUGCAAAUAGCUCACAACAGCAACAACAAUCUCAUCAGUAUCAAAAUCAACCAUUGCAACCCUCAUAUGAUUCAGUAGCCACAAAAGGUAGCAUUUUGAGCAGUAAUAUGUCCGAUACUUCAUCCAUUGAUAGCAGUGCUUCCAGACGUUUACACAAGCAACAGAUCUCCAGAACAGCAGCGUCGCCGAAGCCGACACGACAGUUGAGUACAAGGUUAAUCCACUCGUCUAGAUCGCCUCGAAUUGUUGAAGAUUUCUAUGAGGAGGAUGAAAGGGCGUUUGGUAUAGACAUAUCAGCAAUGAUACAGAACCAGCAACAUCACAUUUGCACGAAACAUCGUAAUAAAGCAUCCACAAAUGGUGUAGCAAUAUCAACUGCUACUAUUGCAACCAAUAAGCGGAGCCAUAGCAGUCAUACGCGCCAUAUGAAUUUAACAACAGCCCAACAACAAGCUGCUGCUUUCAGAGCGAAAGCUGAUUUACGCUCGAGGAGCAGCAUAGGACACUUGUCAAUAAGCAGUCAUCAACAAUCCCUGCCUUCUUUUACAAGUGAUCACAAUGGUCGUAGUUGGCGAGGGCUUGCUUUACCGACGCAACGGCGUGCUAUGACGCCUUCUCUUAUACCUCGACCGCGAACGCCAAAAGAGAGUAUGAUACCCCGUCCACCCAGUUCGACAAUGACAUUCCACGGCCGUCGGUCUUCAUCCACAUCUACAUCUAUUAUACCCCACAAAAAAUUACCAGCAAGAGCUGAUACUAAUACCGUAUGCAUACCACCUGUACCACCCUUACCCAAAUACGUUACCUUACGUCAACAGCAGCAGCAACAACAACAACAACAAGAACGGAGGAGAAAAAUGACCAAUAACAAUGAUGAUACAUUCAGUAGCAGCAGUAGUAGUAGUAAUGGUAGCAAUAGUGAUUAUUCUUCCCAUUACCAUUAUCAACCUGAUUCAAAGGAUCCCUUAGACAAAGAAAUAGCAAAAAUUCUAAAUGCUAGUCCUGUUACAAUCGAAUGCCAGCGUGUUGGUCCUACCAAGCAUCCAGGUAAAUACUAUUUUGGAAAUGAUGCUGCAACAGUGUUAGACACAGUGACAGGAGGAGUAGGAAAAGGUGUUAGUCGAAAAAAGAUGUAUACAUGCAAAUUGAUGACGUAUGAAAAUCGUGGACGAAGAGCAGUAGAAAGAGUGGAUAGAAACAAUCGACAACAGCAACAACAAGCGAAGAGUAACAAGGUGCUGGUCCGUGUAGGCGGUGGUUGGCAAGAUCUGGAAUUUUUUUUAUUAGAACAUAGUUCAUAAAUGUCAACAGUCAGAUAGUUAAUGUCAUGUUUCUUUCUUUUUGUUCUUGAAUCAAAAUGCGUUUCUUAGCCAUCAAGACAAUGUGAUUUGGGUUGUCAUUCUAUUUUUGGUUUUCUUUUGUCUCUAAAAA